AUGGCUAAAGUCUACCUUGAGCAAAAUAGUGAAACAACCUAUCAGGGUUUGCUAUUCUCCUUCUUCUUAUUGAGCCGUCAUACUGUUUCUACUCACUACACUUUCAGAGCAGAUUGCGCUAAGCAAACAUGGAGAUCUGGGGGGAUCUCAAUUUUCUCCAAGGUACGAGCUUUGUAUUCCGGGUCAGCCGUUAACAUCGUCCUGAUCACGCCUGAAAAAGCCAUUAAACUUGUUGCGAAUGAUUUCUUCAGACAUCAUCUUGCUGUCCCUGGCGAAAAGACACUAUCAGCUUGGCGAGGAAUGAUUGCAGGAGGUCUAGCAGGAAUGGGUCUAGGAUCAACAUUCGCUAGGGACGUCACUUUUUCUAUGAUUUAUUUCCCUCUAUUUGCUUAUCUCGACUCUCUGGGACCCAGAAAAAGUGAUGGAAGCGGUGAUGCAGUAUUUUGGACAUCGUUUGUUGCUGGACUUGCUUCUGGAGCGUCUGCAUCAUUUGCUGUAACUCCACUUGACGGUGUGUCUCAACAUCUGAGAAUUCUCCAAAUGGAAGGUCCCAAAGCUUUAUUCAAGGGCGCUGCUUGCCGUAUGAUGGUCAUGGCACCGCUUUUUGGAAUUGCACAGACAGUUUACUACAUUGGAGUAGCCGAAAAGAUUUUAGGAGUUCAAAAAACUACUCACGUCUAG